AUGACCCCGCCCCUUUCUCCCUCUUUCCAUCACCCCGCCCCAUUCUCCCGCUUUCCAUCACCCCGCCCCAUUCUCCCUCUUUCCAUCACCCCGCCCCAUUCUCCCUCCUUCCAUCACCCCGCCCCAUUCUCCCUCCUUCCAUCACCCCGCCCCACUCUCCCUCCUUCCAUCACCCCGCCCCAUUCUCCCGCUUUCCAUCACCCAGCCCCAUUCUCCCUCCUUCCAUCACCCUACCCCACUCUCCCUCCUUCCAUCAACCCGCCCCAUUCUCCCGCUUUCCAUCACCCCACCCCAUUCUCCCUCCUUCCAUCACCCCUCCCAUUCUCCCUCCUUCCAUCAACCCGCCCCAUUCUCCCGCUUUCCAUCACCCCGCCCCAUUCUCUCGCUUUCCAUCACCCCGCCCCAUUCUCCCGCUUUCCAUCAUCCGCCCCAUUCUCCCUCCUUCCAUCACCCCGCCCCAUUCUCCCUCCUUCCAUCACCCCCCCCCCAUUCUCCCUCCUUCCAUCACCCCGCCCCAUUCUCCCGCUUUCCAUCACCCCGCCCCAUUGUCCCGUUUUCCAUCACCCCGCCCCAUUCUCCCGCUUUCCAUCACCCCGCCCCAAUCUCCCGCUUUCCAUCACCCCGCCCCAUUCUCCCUCCUUCCAUCACCCCGCCCCAUUCUCCCUCCUUCCAUCACCCCGCCCCAUUCUCCCGCUUUCCAUCAUCCGCCCCAUUCUCCCUCCUUCCAUCACCCCGCCCCAUUCUCCCUCCUUCCAUCACCCCGCCCCAUUCUCCCGCUUUCCAUCACCCCGCCCCAUUCUCUCGCUUUACAUCACACCGCAACAUUCUCCCGCUUUCCAUCACCCUGCCCCAUUCUCCUGCUUUCCAUCACCCUGCCCUAUUCUCCCGCUUUCCAUCAUCCCGCCCCAUUCUCCCGCUAUCCAUCACCCCGCCCCAUUCUCCCGCUUUCCAUCAUCCCGCCCCAUUCUCCCGCUUUCCAUCACCCCGCCCAAUUCUCCCGCUUCCCAUCACCCCGCCCCAUUCUCCCGCUUUCCAUCACCCCCCCCCAUUCUCCCUCCUUCCAUCACCCCGCCCCAUUCUCCCUCCUUCCAUCACCCCGUCCCAUUCUCCCGCUUUCCAUCACUCCGCCCCAUUCUCCCGCUUUCCAUCACCCCGCCCUAUUCUCCCGCUUUCCAUCACCCCACCCCAUUCUCCCUCCUUCUAUCACCCCGCCCCAUUCUCCCGCUUUCCAUCACCCCGCCCCAUUCUCCCGCUUUCCAUCACCCCGCCCCAUUCUCCCGCUUUCCAUCACCCCGCCCCAUUUCUCCCUCUUUCCAUCACCCCGCCCCUUUCUCCCGCUUUCCAUCACCCCGCCCCAUUCUCCCUCCUUCCAUCACCCCGCUCCAUUCUCCCUCUUUCCAUAACCCCGCCGCAUUCUCCCUCCUUCCAUCACCCUCCCCCAUUCUCCCUCCUUCCAUCACCGCGCCCCAUUCUCCCACUUUCCAUCUCCCCGCCCCAUUCUCCCGCUUUCCAUCACCCUGCCCCAUUCUCCCUCCUUCCAUCACCCCGCCCCAUUCUCCCCCCUUCCAUCACCCCGCCCCAUUUUCCCGUUUUCCAUCACCCCGCCCCAUUCUCCCGCUUUCCAUCACCCCGCCCCAUUUCUCCCUCUUUCCAUCACCCCGCCCCUUUCUCCCGCUUUCCAUCACCCCGCCCCAUUCUCCCUCCUUCCAUCACCCCGCCCCAUUCUCCCGCUUUCCAUCACCCCGCCGCAUUCUCCCUCCUUCCAUCACCCUCCCCCAUUCUCCCUCCUUCCAUCACCGCGCCCCAUUCUUCCACUUUCCAUCUCCACGCCCCAUUCUCCCGCUUUCCAUCACCCCGCCCCAUUCUCCCUCCUUCCAUCACCCCGCCCCAUACUCCCGCUUUCCAUCACCCCGCCCCAUUCUCCAUCCUUCCAUCACCCCGCCCCAUUCUCCCUCUUUCCAUCACCCCGCCCCAUUCUCCCGCUUUCCAUCACCCCGCCCCAUUCUCCCGCUUUCCAUCACCCCGCCCCAUUCUCCCUCAUUCCAUCACCCCGCCCCAUUCUCUCACUUUCCAUCACCCUGCUCCAUUCUCCUGCUUUCCAUCACCCCUCCCCAUUAUCCCGCUUUCCAUCAUCCUGCCCCAUUCUCCCGUUUUCUAUCACCCCGCUCUAUUCUUUCGCUUUUCAUCACCCCGCCCCAUUGUCCCUCCUUCCAUCACCCCGCCCCAUUCUCCCGCUUUCCAUCACCUCACCCCAUUCUCCCGCUUUCCAUCACCCCGCCCCAUUCUCCCGCUUUCUGUCACCUUGCCCCAUUCUCCCGCUUUCCAUCACCCCGUCCCAUUCUCCCGCUUUCCAUCACCCCGCCCCAUUCCCCCGCUUUCCAUCAACCCGCCCCAUUCUCUCGCUUUCCAUCACCCCGCCCCAUUCUCCUGCUUUCCAUCACCCCGCCCCAUUCUCCCGCUUUCCAUCACCCCGCCCCAUUCUCCCGCUUUCCAUCACCCCGCCCCAUUCUCCCGCUUUCCAUCACUCCGCCCCAUUCUCCCUCCUUCCAUCACCCCGCCCCUUUCUCCCUACUUCCAUCACCCUGCCCCGUUCUCCACCUUUCCAUCACCCCGCCCCAUUCUCCCGCUUUCCAUCACCCCGCCCCAUUCUCCCGCUUUCCAUCAUCCUGCCCCAUUCUCCCGCUUUUUAUCACCCCGCCCCAUUCUCCCACUUUCCAUCAUCCCGCCCCAUUCUCCCGCUUUCCAUCACCCCGCCCCAUUCUCCCGCUUUCCAUCAUCCCGCCCCAUUCUCCCGCUUUCCAUCACCCCGCCCCAUUCUCCCGCUUUCCAUCAUCCCGUCCCAUUCUCCAACUUUCCAUCACCCGCCCCAUUCUCCCUCCUUCCAUCAACCCGCCCCAUUCUCCCGCUUUCCAUCAUCCCGCCCUAUUCUCUCGCUUUCCAUCACCCUGCCCCAUUCUCCCGCUUUCCAUCACCCCGCCCCAUUCUCCGUCUUUCCAUCAUCCCGCCCCAUUCUCCCGUUUUCUAUCACCCCGCUCUAUUCUUUCGCUUUUCAUCACCCCGCUGUCAACGGGAGCAGUUAUCUCCGCACCCGCCCCAUUCUCCCUCCUUCCAUCACCCCGCCCCAUUCUCCCUCCUUCCAUCACCCCGCCCCAUUCUCCCGCUUUCCAUCACCCCGCCCCAUUCUCCCUCCUUCCAUCACCCCGCCCCAUUCUCCCGCUUUCCAUCACCCCGCCCCAUUCUCUCGCUUUACAUCACCCCGCACCAUUCUCCCGCUUUCCAUCACCCCGCCCCAAUCUCCCGCUUUCCAUCACCCCGCCCCAUUCUCCCGCUUUCCAUCACCCCGCCCCAUUCUCCCGCUUUCCAUCACUCCGCCCCAUUCUCCCUCCUUCCAUCACCCCGCCCCAUUCUCCCUCCUUCCAUCACCCCGCCCCAUUCUCCCGCUUUCCAUCACCCCGCCCCAUUCUCCCGCUUUCCAUCAUCCUGCCCCAUUCUCCCGCUUUCCAUCACCCCGCCCCAUUCUCCCGCUUUCCAUCAUCCCGCCCCAUUCUCCCGCUUUCCAUCACCCCCCCCCAUUCUCCCGCUUUCCAUCAUCCCGCCCCAUUCUCCCGCUUUCCAUCACCCCGCCCCAUUCUCCCUCCUUCCAUCACCCCGCCCCAUUCUCCCCCCUUCCAUCACCCCGCCCCAUUCUCCCGCUUUCCAUCACUCCGCCCCAUUCUCCCACUUUCCAUCACCCCGCCCCAUUCUCCCGCUUUCCAUCACCCCGCCCCAUUCUCCCUCCUUCCAUCACCCCGCCCCAUUCUCCCGCUUUCCAUCACCCCGCCCCAUUCUCCCUCCUUCCAUCACCCCGCCCUAUUCUCCCGCUUUCCAUCACCCCGCCCCAUUCUCCCUCCUCCCAUCACCCCACCCCAUUCUCCCUCCUUCCAUCACCCCGCCCCAUUCUCCCGCUUUCCAUCACCCCGCCCCAUUCUCCCGCUUUCCAUCACCCCGCCCCAUUCUCCCGCUUUCCAUCACCCCGCCCCAUUCUCCCGCUUUCCAUCAACCCGCCCCAUUCUCCCUCCUUCCAUCACCCCGCCCCAUUCUCCCGCUUUCCGUCACCCCGCCCCAUUCUCCCUCCUUCCAUCACCCCGCCCCAUUCUCCCUCCUUCCAUCACCGCGCCCCAUUCUCCCACUUUCCAUGUCCCGCCCCAUUCUCCCGCUUUCCAUCAACCCGCCCCAUUCUCCCUCCUUCCAUCACCCCGCCCCAUUUCUCCUGCUUUCCAUCACCUCGCCCCAUUCUCCCGCUUUCUGUCACCCCGCCCCAUUCUCCCGCUUUCCAUCACCCCGCCCCAUUCUCCUACUUUUCAUCACCGCGCCCCAUUCUCCCACUUUCCAUCACCCCGCCCUAUUCUCUUGCUUUCCAUCACCCCGCCCCAUUCUCCCUCCUUCCAUCACCCCGCCCCAUUCUCCCUCCUUCCAUCACCACGCCGAUUCUCCCGCUUUCCAUCACCCCGCCCUAUUCUCCCGCUUUCCGUCAUCCCGCCCUAUUAG